AUGUCCUCUCGUUCAUCCUUUGUUAUCACCACCGCCCUCUUAUCACUACUGCUUAUUGGAUUUGUAUCCGCUCAAGUUGGCCCUGAUAUUAAGACACCUGAAUACAACGCAACCGUAACACCUGGAGACCACAUCACCAUUGAAUAUGAAUACAGCAACGUAGGAACCGGUAAUUACACGGUGGAUCUCGCUUUAUGGCAAGAUGCUUCAGCAACACAAUUGAUCCAAAACGUUACAACGGACCAUGCUGUGGAUGGUGGAAACUCUACGGGCGUGCAGCUCAACUUUACGUAUACAGCUUCGUACGACUGGACCGUGCCUGGUGGCCUCACCGUUAAGCGAACCUUCGACAAUGGCACCGAGGUGGAGGAAUCGCCACAACUGAUCUACCUCACCGUUACGGCCGUUUCAGAAACAAGCUUCUUUGACGAUCUCCGAUUACGUUCUCGCCCUGUCUUGCUCCAUUACAAUGCUGCUACACUCAAUGCUCCCAACGUGAUGCUUCUUUUGGGCGUGGCUGCGUUGUCCAUGAUGUAUCUCGUCACCGGUCUAUAA